AUGGCUCCUCGCCCUACCGACGGCUGGUUUGACCCUGGGGACGGAAGAAAGCGCAAAACAGCGACGAAAAGUAACAUACACCGAUCAGGCAAGCACGCUCCGCCUGCUGCGACUCCCAAGGAGCCCAAUCGCAAGGAAGUGACACGUGCUACCAUUCCUGCAAAACCUGGACCGAAACACACGGCCGUCGACCGAACAACUCUACCUCAACCCCAGGUAACGAUUCCUGCAAGCCAUACAGACACGGGGCCUACAAAGUCUACACCUACUAACUUGCCACCGCGACCAGUGAAAUCAUCUUCGACAAACACUGCGGCUCGGCUGAAAGUUGGAAAGACGAAACAAUUUACAGCUGCCCUAGCGGUGCUCAACAACAUCCGCACUGGUACAAAUGUGGAAUCUACUGCACCCAUUACUGACCCCAUUUUGGGUAGUGAGGACGUUACAAAACUCUCUGUCAAGCGUUCAUACUUAUCCACUCAAACGGAUGCAAUUAACGCUACUCUCGUGGACUUGCGGUCCGUUGCUGCCACAGCACGGGACCAUACAAGCCUGGCGAAGGCUGCCUAUCAUGACACAAACUCUGUGUUGAUCGAAAAGGCCUUUCUCUCGGACCCGGACGCGAGUGCUUCGUCGGGUCUGCAUCGGGCUGAGGAAUCAACUCUUUUGGACCUUGAACAUCGUUUCCGCGUCGCAGUAUCUGAAGAGACCGCAGCAACCGAGGCCGUCACGCGAGCAGAAGCUGUACACAGUGGCUUGGUGAAGAAACUUGCCCGUUUGCCUCCGUCCGAAUUGCCGGUCAUGAAACCUCUUCCUUGCGCGGUUGAACCUCUACCGACUAUCAGUGAUACACCCGACGCGAUAGCUGAUCGAUUACGCCAGCAUAGCAGAGAAGCUAUUCUCGGAUUCGUCCUUACGUUUAUGCGUAAACGCCGUCAGAAUGUAGACCCUGCCACUUCGGGAUCGUCAGAGGAGGCUUAUGACUCGGAAUCUAUGGACCACGCCAGCGCACGAGCAGGCACCACUGCCGAGGCCCCCAACACUUUUGAUCGCACUUCUGUAGAUGGCGCAGUUCAUUAUGCAAACACCUCGUUAGGCGACCCCGAGGCCGUUGUGGAUAUUGAUAUGGAGUCGGUAUACAUGCCCCAGAACACAAUGCGGCUAGACGAGCUCGGCGACACCGAAUCCCAUAACGCUGGAUUGAGUCCGGACACACGAGACCCUGUGUUUUUGGAGGACAAGGUCCCGAUUCCUGCGGCGCUUGCAGCGACUUUUGAAUCAGACGACCCACCUAUUCCUCCGCUGAGUGCUCCUGCGGUGGAUCCCGCUGAGAAUUCGCCUUCAUUUGAACUAACGAUUUUUCACGACCAUCAACUUGCCGCGCGCGCAUCUGACAAGCACGCACGUACCCUCACGGCGUCCAGAGUCCGCAAGUCCCCCUUGAAUGCGUCGCCAAUGAUAGCUGCGGCUGCACUGACCGAGGGUUCACGUUGCGCAGCAGCCAAUUUACUGGUGAUCAAGAAGUGGGUUGCGAACCGCUCCUGUGUGGACUCGUGA